AAUACACUAAAGGACAUUGAGGUUAUUACUGAAAAGUCCAUGUUCCUAAUUUGGUACUUUGGCAAAAGCAAACCUUCUUCAUAAAAAAUCUAUGAAUACCCCAUAUGAUCAGUUCCAAAUCUCUUUCUCUCUAAGGCCAAAAAGAUGUCAUCAAUAUCGUCUGGUACAGCUCCAACCACCAAAUCAGCUGCUUGUUUCAGUAGAAUCCAAAAGUCUGCAACUUAUUCAUCUCGGUCAAUGUUGUUAUCAUCGUUAUCUUCUUCCUCAUCACCUGCCUCUGCAAAACUCCUAAACUCUAGCAAUGGUUCCUCAAGUUCUUCUUCAUCUCCUAAACCCUUCAGACCCGUUAUGCGCAGCAGAGAAGCUGAUAGACUCGAAGAGGAAAGACUUCUCCAUGUACAAUGGCAAGACAUCACGGUAAAGAUGGUAGUGGAUGCACCAGCUUCCGUGGCUUACAAGUUAUACGCGGAUCGUGAAUUGUUCCCUAAGUGGUUGCCGUUUUUGUCAUCCGUUGAGGCAGUGGAGGGCAGUCCAGAUUUAUCGCGUUAUUUGGUGAAAUUCGAGUCUUUUGGUAAAAAAUUUGAAUAUUAUUUUCUCGCAAAAAAUUUAGAGCCAAUCCCGGAUCGAAAGCUGCAUUGGAGAUCUAUCGAAGGCUUUGCGAAUAGAGGCAGUGUUCGAUUUUUCCACAGAGGCCCUUCCUCGUGCUUGGUAGAGAUCAACUUUUCAUUUGAGGUUCCACAUGCUUUUGCUCCAGUUGCAUUCGUAAGCCUAUUAGUGUUUAUCCAUGUUGUGAAUGAUAGAUUAUUUCGUAAACUAGAUACGUUAAUUAAUGUAGUUAUCUAUGAUGUCUUGUGUUUUUUCUUUACUCAACAUUUUUGUCUCAGCAUAUAUUAUGUAUGUUUAAAACUUUCCAGUUAAUGAAACCGUUUAUGGAGAGGCUUAUUCGUGGAGGAUUGGAAAGUUUUGCUGCCUUCGUGAAGACCACUUAAGGCAUAAACAAACAUUACGUUCUGUGCAUUAAUCCAAAUAAAUUGUUCUUUUUAUGUAGUGUGUUUUGUUUUUGCUUUUUGUUGGGAGGCAACAUGUCCAAACAUGAUAUAAUGUUGUUAUUUCUAAAUAUCUAUUUAUCAAAACAACUAUUUGUUGAAUAUUA